UAUAAGAGCAGUGUGUGAGGUUGUUGUUCCAUUCCGCUCCCUCCAUCCCGUCUCCCAGUCAGGCGUUUGGUUAUGAGGAGAACGAGCAGGGGGAAUUGUGCAAGCAGAAACCACCCAGAACUGACCAGAGUCUUGGCCCUGCCUACUAUAACCCCACCCAGGUGUGUGUGAGUGAGAGAGAGUGUUUGAGUGUGAAAGAGAGUGUGUGUGUGUGAGAGAGAGUGUGUGUGUGUGUGUGUGAGUGAGAGUGUGUGAGUGUGUGUGUGUGUGAGCGAGAGUGUGUGAGUGUGUGAGAGAGAGUAUGUGAGUGUGUGUGAGCGAGAGUGUGUGUGUGUGUGUGUGUGUGAGAGUGUGUGAGUGUGUAGCAUGAGAUUGUUUUGUUUGUUCUGUGUGUGUUUCAGGGAGAACCGAUGUAUAAAGGAAUCCACUUUGGCAAAAUGACGGGGAAAAGGACAGAGAUGAAGGUGGUGGAAGGACCUGGACCAGGACACUACCAUCCAGAGGAAGAUCACUCUGUGCUCUAUGAGAAUGUGAAUUUGAAGCAAGAGCUGAAAAGUCAAACUGAGUUGCAGAUUCCUCGGUAUAAUGAACUCCUUAUACUGCAGGCAAACAAGAAGGGUGUUCCUGGUCCUGGUCAGUAUGAUGUUAAAGGACAAUUUGAGAAGUCAAAUGGAGUCUCUGUGUCCAGACCAGCAUUUAUGUCACAAACACCGAGGUUCUGCUCAGUGAAGGAUAUGGUGCCUCCUGUGGGUUCCUAUAAUGAUCCUCGCUGUGCUCUGGAGAGUCUGAAGAAACUCAGUGGAGUGAAGAAAAGUCCUUUUAACCUUACUGCAGCUCGAUUCAUUCCUGAAAACAGAAAAAACACCACACCAGGCCCAGGAGCAUAUAACAUGUUUGAUUAUGGUCUAGCCAGUGAGAGUCUGAAAAAAGCACAUUUGGAGGGUAAGAAGACGGGCGGCUUUGGCUCAACAGCCGAGAGAACCACCAUCUUCUUCAGUAGCACAGCAUCAACAACAGAACCAGGACCAACACACUAUACGGUGGAGAAAAAAAGUGAGGAGUUUUACAAACAACAGCCUACAGCAGUCUUUAAAUCAGCCACGGAGCGACUCCCUGCACCUCUGGUUGCUAAGGACACACCUUCUCCGAGCUCAUACAAUGUGCAGGAAGCAUAUGAAAAAAUGUAUGGACAGGGUCGACAUGGUGAACCUCGCACAAAAGCAGCACGAAAACGCCAGAGCUGCUUCUUAAGCACCGCCUCCCGAAGCUCCUCCUUCCACUAUGAUCCACAUAUCCCAGGCCCAGGUCUCUACAGUCCAGACAUUAAGUCUAGCCCACAGUUUGCUCUCAUUGGCACUAAUGAGGAUCGAUUUAAACAACCUAAAGACACAACACCUGGACCAGGAGCAUACAUGCUGAGUCCUACUUUUUCAGACACACUACUUAAGCGUUCCUUCAAUGUGACCCUCCAAAACCCUAUGAUGUUGCAUGCUCUGGCUCCACCCCCUCAGCAUGCCAUGGAGGCGGCUCUUUCCUUCACCAGUGCUUAAAUACACACAGUCACGGUCAAAGGUCAAGCUGGAUAGUCGACAGCACAUCCCCGAGAGUCUCCUGGAGCUCCUUUUUAAAAAUAUUGGUGAUGUCCUCCUUCAGCGAAGCCAGCAAUUCGAGCUCUGAAGUCAGAGUCACCGCGCAGUGAUGCGGAUUCAGGGGAAGAAGGGGACUCGCUUGCGGUGCGCACAGUAGGCCUCAGUUGUGUCUGAAUAGUACUAAGGGCUUUUGUGUUUUUUCCAGACAUUUUAACGUGCCACAAAGUUAAAAGUGCAAACAAAAAAUGGAGUAGAAUAAGUCAAAAUCUAUUGUGUGACCGAAAAGUGCAAUUACAAUUUUAAUCGAAAUCGGCAGGAGCCUCCAACUUCGUGUCCUACUCCAUUGGCAGCUCAGCAGCGCCCCCUAAUCCAUAGUUAAUAUGAUGAACUACAUUCACUGCUGCUCAAGAAGGUAACACAAUACAAUAAGAACCGGGGGUGGGAUGGAGGUGGUAUGUAAAUUUAUGAACAGGAUGAAAUUAACAGGUGUAAAUUGUUAUUCUGUCUUCUGGGACACAUGUAAGUAUCUUAUUUAGCUUCUAAAGGGCAAUACUAAAUGAAAAAAAAAUACCUUUAAACAAACUAAUAACAAUUUACACUGAUAAUCCUAUUAAAAAAUGUACACCACCCUGGCAUUUAAUGUAUUGUGUUACCUUUUUGAGCAUCAGUGAAUGUUUGCACCUUAUGUAAUAGUCCUGUACGAGUCCCUCGGCUGUCCUCCGUGUGAAAAGAUGGAUCUCCUAUUAUAGUUACUGUUGGAAAGGGGUCAAAUAUACAGAAGAUGCAGGAAAAGUAAAGAAUGUGCAGGACCUGGAGGAUUUUUCUGAAGAACAGUGGGCAGUUUAACUGCUCAGGACAAACAAGGGACUCCGCAACAACUAUCACAACACAUAAAAAGAGUCGUGGAUCAUCCAGGUAACGACACACAGUAUUAAGAAUCAAGUGUGUGUAAACUUUUGAACGGAGUAAAUUUGAUAAAUUCAGCUAUUAUCUUGUGGAGUAUAUGUAAACUUCUGUUAUGUGAAAUAGCUUAUUCAUGGUAGUACUAAAUAAACAACAACAUGGGAUUAUGAUAAUCAAUCUUAUUUUGUUAAGAGUAUUAAUAUUUUGUAGAUUCUGCAAGGGGUAUGUAAACUUCCGACCGCAACUGUAUACCCACCCAGCUACCAACACACACACACACACACGCACACAAAUUCAACCACUUAAAAACAGCAAAGACUUUUAUAAACAAUUAAAAAUAGACUAUAAUACGAACAUUUUAACAAAUUAACAAAAACACCACAGUUAAAUCACUCUAAAUACCUUUCUUUUUGCAAAAGUCUUCUCUUGCGCCCACACUCUCGAUAUGAUGCCAGCUGGAGCCACCUCUUCAUCGUCCCCUCGACCUCCAUCUCUGCAGCAUUAGCCGUGAAGAGGUUUCUAUGAACUGCAGCUUUGGAAUAAUGACAUAUCGUAAGGUCAUUAUGAAUCUUAAGCAUUAAUU